GUCUCCCGCACCUUUCGACGUCCCUCCGGACCUGAUUUUCGCCCACCAACCACCAUCAAAUCUGGUUUGGGUGACAAUUUUCUCCGCCAUCAUCCCAAACCCGCCCAAAAAAAAAACUACAACCCCCAAAAUUCCCAACUAGCCCAUCACGCUUUCUUGCGACGCCUCGCACACUGACUUCAAUCCUGAGUUCCCCUGGGCGCUGGCGGACCUCAGCCCUCCCUUCAGUGCUACACUUGCCUUGACCUGGAUCCCAACCCGUACAGCCGUAUUUCCCGAGCGCGACCAUGGCGUCUACCGAGGUUUCUUCUACCCGACUCUACUUGGGCAACCUGCCCAAGGGCGCCACCAAGGGCGAUGUUGAGGCCCACUUCGCGACCCAUGGCACUGGCGAAAUCACCGAGGUGAAGCUGAUGAAUGGUUUCGGCUUCAUCGAAUACAAGGAUCCUAUGGAUGCGCGCGAUGUUGUUCCUGCUUUCCAUGGAUCCGACUUCAUGGGCGAACGUCUGACUGUGCAAUUCGCUCGGGGUUCUCGCCACCGCGAAGGCUUUGGUGGCCAUGAGCGCAGCGCCCCGCGUCCUCGCCGUACUCCCUAUCGCAUGCAGAUUACUGGACUCCCCAAUGAUACCAGCUGGCAGGACCUCAAAGACUUUGCUCGGCAAUCAAGUCUGGAUGUCGUCUACUCAGAGACGGGCCGUGACGGCAACGGUCGUGGUUUCGUUGAGUUCGAGACCGCGGCUGAUUUGAAGACUGCUGUCGAGAAGCUUGAUAACCGCGAAUUCAAGGGACAACGAGUGAAUUGUGUUGCCGAUACCCAGCCGGACUUCCCUCAGCGUGAGCGUGGCGCCCGCUCUCGCUCUCCCAUCGGCCGCCGACCGUACGGCCCACCAGGUGAGGGCUACGAGAGGCGUGGACCACCUCGCACCUAUAGCCCCCGCGGCUACCGCGACGAUUACCGCGACAGGAGCCCUCACCGCCGAGAGUACUACGAGGAUCGUCGAUAUCGAUCUCCGCCGCGUCGCGGUCCGGUCGAGGAGUACCCGGCCCCACGUGGACGCUACGAAGAGCCAUACCGGCGCGACUAUCCGCCCCCACCGGACCCGUAUGUCAAUGGCCGGCCGUACGAUCGGCCCCCGCGAGAGUUCCCUCCUCGGGAAGGUGGAUAUGGGCCUCGUGAAGGCGGCGGCGGCUAUCCGCGCGAGGAGUACCGUCGCGGAGGCGGCGGCGGCGGCGGCGGCUACUGGUAA